CAAACAGCAGAUGGCAGUGUGAUCCAUCUGUAUCUGGUUUGUCAUUUCCUCUCAGCUGUGGACCAGAAGAAGACGGCAGCAGCCAGCGCAGACAAUCCUGGGCUUCCUGUUUGGGAUAUUUGAUCCCCUUAUUAUUCAUCUCAACAGCUCCAGUCACAGCAGCCGAGGACCAUGGCCCAUAAGAAGAAAGUAGUGGUGACAGGUUUUGAGCCCUUUGGGGAGCAUGCAGUGAACUCCAGCUGGGUGGCCGUGCAGGAACUGGAGCGACUCGGACUGGGCGAGGACGUGGAUCUGCACGUGUGUGAGAUUCCUGUUGAAUACCAGGCUGUUCAGAACCUCCUGCCGUCUCUGUGGAGGGAGCAGCAGCCACAGCUGGUGGUCCAUGUUGGUGUUUCUGGGUUGGCCACCACAGUCACUCUGGAGCAGUGCGGCCACAACAAGGGCUACAAGCGUCUGGACAACUGCAGCUUCUGCCCAGCCUCCCAGUGCUGCAUGGAGAACGGACCGGACUGCAUCAAGUCGGUGCUGGACAUGGACGCCGUCUGCAAAAGGGUGAAUGAGUCGGACAUCGGGAUCGCUGUGUCUGUAUCUAAGGAUGCUGGAAGGUACCUGUGCGACUACACCUACUACUCGUCUCUGUACCUGGGGCAGGGCCACUCCGCCUUCGUCCACGUGCCUCCGUUAGGGAAACCCUACAGCAGCCAGGACCUGGGCCGAGGCCUGCAUGCCGUCAUCCAGGAGAUGCUGCAGCUGCUGGAGCAGGACCACACUGUGGAGGAGCACCUACACAACGAGCACUGCAACCAUUCGCAUUAACACCAACGCUCACGACUGACUCACAACCUGAGCAGAGCCGGCUGACCACAAACGGCCACUGGCUCGUCGCAGCAGCUUAAUCAGUGUCAGAUGUGAGGAGAGUAAAUCAGUUUUGAUUCAGUUGUGUGGCUCAAAAAAAAAAAUCAACAAGCUGUGAUUUGCUGUGGACCAGCAGCUCCAGGAAACAACAGCAUGAUUCACAUCCGAGUGGUGUCUGGACUUAAACAUCCUGAAGGUCUGCUGUGGACGCUGACGCCCGACUACAGCAUCUGUUUAAUGUAGUCUGUGUAUCGAUGUGUUUCUGAUGUGCAUGAAUCGUUGGCAUCAGUGAGUCUUUGUCAUCCAGCCUCUGAUCUUCCAUCAGACUGUGAAAAUAGACGUUUAUGGAUAUAUCAUUGUUGCAUCAUGGGGUUUACGCGACUGUACGAGUAUGUAACGAGUAGCACUAACGAGGUAGUAGUCCUAACUUCAGCUUAUACGUGGUGACACACUGUGUGCACUUUCACAGCUCAACUCACCUGCAUCACAGCCACAGCUUUCCCCUCUCCGCCGCCGAGUCCGUCCUUUCAAGUGUGUCUAAAUAUGCCGUCAUUCCCUCGUUGCUACUUGUGUCUGAACCAGAACAAUGUGAACAAAUAACAGAAACCUGACAAAAAAUGUGUUUAUCUCAGGGAAUAUAUUGCACAUGCAAUCAUGAAGUGAUCUGAUGACCAUGACCAUGUGUUGCUCCUCUGUAUGUAGCUUUACCAGGCAGAGCCAGCGUGACACUGUGUAUGAUUAAAGCGCUCCACACAGGUCUGGACUCUUUGGCUUGUGUUGGCCAUUUUCACACUG